AUGGCACAGUGGGCCCCCCGUCUCCGGUCCCGGCAGCCCCCACCUGUGCCCGGACCCACAUGUGCCAAGGCCCCCAACCUGUGCCCAGAGUCUCAUCUGUUCCGGAACCCCCACCACCUGUGCCCGGCCAAACUGUGCUCAGAGCCCCCACCUAUGCCAGAACCCCCACCUGUGCCCAGAAGCCCCACCUGUACGCCGACCCACCACCUGUGCCGGAAGCCCUACAUCGUGUUGGAGCCCCACCUGUGCCCAGAGCCCCACAUCUGUGCCGGGAGCUCUCACCAUGUGCCUGGACCCCUGUGCCAGCCACCCACCUGUCCCAGAACCCCCCCUGUGUCCAGAGCCCCCCUGUACCGGAGCCCCGACCUGUGCCCGGAGCCCCACAUCUGUUCUGGAGCCCCACCUGGCCCUGGAGCCCCACAUCUGUGCAUCGAGCCUCCCUGCUGCCGGACCCCACCUGUGCCAGAGCCCACUGUGCCCGAGACCCCACCUGUGCCUGGAGCCCGCCACCGCUGUACCCGGAGCCCCAUAUCUGUGCUUGGAGCCCCCGUCCCGGGCCACCAUAUCUCGUGCUUGGAGCCCCCACCUGUGCCCAGACCACCUGUGCCCGAGCCCACUGGUGGGGUGGGGGCAGCGGGAGGGGCGGCUGUGGUGACGCCUGUCCCGCAGGUGUUCCUGGGGGAGGUGAACUCGGGCGUGAGCAGCGCGCAGGUGGUGGUCAAGGAGCUGAAGGCCAGCGCCAGCGUGCAGGAGCAGGUGCAGUUCCUGGAGGAGGCGCAGCCGCACAGGGCCCUGCAGCACAGCAACCUGCUCCAGUGCCUGGCGCAGUGCGCGGAGGUGACGCCCUACCUGCUGGUGAUGGAGUUCUGCCCGCUGGGAGACCUCAAAGGCUACCUGCGGAGCUGCCGGGUGACAGAGUCCAUGGCACCUGACCCCUUGACCCUGCAGCGCAUGGCCUGCGAGGUGGCCUGCGGCGUCCUGCACUUGCACCGCCACAACUACGUGCACAGCGACCUGGCCCUGCGGAACUGCCUGCUCACGGCCGACCUGACGGUGAAGCUCGGCGACUACGGCCUGUCCCACUGCAAAUACAGGGAAGACUACUUCGUGACGACCGACCAGCUGUGGGUGCCGCUGCGCUGGAUCGCCCCGGAGCUGGUGGAUGAGGUGCACAGCAACCUGCUCGUGGUGGACCAGACCAAGGCCAGCAACGUGUGGUCCCUGGGCGUGACCAUCUGGGAGCUCUUCGAGCUGGGCGUGCAGCCCUACCCCCAGCACUCGGACCGCCAGGUGCUGGCCUACGCCAUCCGCGAGCAGCAGCUCAAGCUGCCCAAGCCCCAGCUGCAGCUGACUCUGUCAGACCGCUGGUACGAGGUGAUGCAGUUCUGCUGGCUGCAGCCCGAGCAGCGGCCCACUGCGGAGGAGGUGCACCUGCUGCUGUCCUACCUGUGCGCCAAGGGCGCCACUGAGGCGGAGGAGGAGGAGUUCGAGCGGCGCUGGCGCUCGCUGCGGCCCGGCGCGGGCGGCGCGGGCCCGGGUUCCGGGGUGGCGGGCCCUGCGGCUGAGCUCGCCGCGGCCUCGUCCUUCCCCCUGCUGGAGCAGUUCGCGGGCGACGGCUUCCACGCCGACGGCGACGACGUGCUGACGGUGACGGAGACGAGCCGCGGCCUCAACUUCGAGUACAAGUGGGAGGCGGGCCGUGGCGCCGACGCCUUCCUGCCGCCGGGGGCCGCGCCGAGCCCGGGCUGCGCCGCGCGCCUGCAGGAGCUGUGCGCCCCCGACGACGCGCCCCCCGGCGUGGUGCCCGUGCUCAGCGCGCACAGCCCGUCGGUGGGCAGCGAGUACUUCAUCCGCCUGGAGGAGGCCACGCCCACCGCCGGCCACGACCCCGACUGCGCCGGCUGCGCCCCCAGCCCCCACGCCGCGGACCAGGACGAGGACUCAGAUGGCAGCGCCGCUGCCUCACUGGCCACGGAGCCGCUGCUGGGCCACGCGCCGCCAGCCCACGGCCCCUGGGGCGGGUGCGACGCCCACCCACGCAGGGCCCUCACCGGGGACCCGCUCUGCUGCUCGCGCUCGCCCUCGCCAGGGCCUCUGAUGCCCGCGGAGCGCGGAGCCCAGGACGCAGACUGGGGCGGGACCGCCUUCUGCCCGCCCCUCUUCAAGGACCCGCUGGGCGCAUCCCCCUCAGGGAGCUCGGGGGCGGGGCCACCACAGGGCGAGGAGCUGCGGGAGGCUGGAGCGCCAAGGGCCGCCCAGCACAGACACUGGAGCUCCAACGUGUCGGCCAAUAACAACAGCGGCAGCCGCGAUCCAGAGACCUGGGACCCCGGCUAUGGGGGCAGCUACACGGACGACUGCCCCAGCCCGAAGCAGACCCCCCUGGCCUCCCCUGAGCAGGGCCACGCCCUGGCCCAGGAGGGCCCCAGAGAGCCUCUGCUUGGGCUGCAGGCAGCCUCCCCUGGCCAGGAGCCUGGCCGCUGUCCCGACUUCCCCCACCUGUGCCCUGCCCAGGGCCUGGCACCUCCUGUCUCCCUGGUGACACCCCCCUGGACAGAGGCAGCCACUGGUGGGGGUGCCCCCCAGGCAGAACCCAGGCUUGCUGCGGAGGCCGAGGGCUCUGCUGGACCCCUUCCCGCCCUCCCCUCCCCUACCCAGCAGGGAGCCCCACUUCCCUCCGAGGCGGCCGGCACCCCUGACCUCCUGCCUGACUCGCCCACUGAGCCGGCUGGGGCUGCUGACAACAGCGGCAGCUGCUGCCCCGCAGUGGAGGUGGCCAGCAGUGAGGACGAGGACACAACUGAGGCCACUUCAGGUGUCUUCACCGACUUGUCCAGCGACGGUCCGCGCUCUGAGAAGCCGGACGCGGUGCCCGCCUUGCGCUCUCUGCAGAAGCAGGUUGGGACGCCUGACUCCCUGGACUCACUGGACAUCCCGUCCUCAGCCAGUGACGGUGGCUGUGAGGUCUCCAGCCCGUCAGUGCCCGGCCCCCCCGGCGGGCAGCCCCGAGCCCUGGACAGCGGCUAUGACACGGAGAACUACGAGUCCCCCGAGUUCGUGCUCAAGGAGGCCCACGAGUGCGAGCCCGAGGCCUUCAGGGAGCUGGCCCCGGAGGGCGAGAGCCCCGGGCCCGAGACUCAGCUCUCAGCCUCCCUCCCUGGCCUCAGCGAGAAGAACCCCUACCGAGACUCGGCCUACUUCUCAGACCUGGAUGCCGAGUCCGAGCCUCCCACGGGCCCGGAGGAGAAGUGCGGUGGAGUCCAGGCCCCCGGGCCAGAGCCAGGCCUGGAGAGCCCGAAGAGCCCUGGGGAGCUGCCUGGGCCCGGGGUGCCCGGCGAGGCACAGGGCGCUGGCCCCAGGGAGGUGCUGCCACCAUCGCCGCCCAUCGACGGGUCUUCCACAGAGCCAAGCGCCGGCCCCAGGCCAGAGCCUCCUGAGUCCCCGGGCCCAGCCAAGCUGCCACCUGUGCCCAGCCCCGGCCGCCCCAAGCUUUUCCUGCUGACCCCAGUGCCACCGAGCUCAGGAGGUGACAGCUCCGAGCUCCAGGGGGCCCCUGGACUGUUGUCAGGGCUGGCCCCGCAGGAGCGGACGGGGUGCCCCAGUGCCCCACGAACCCCGCUCUGCCUGGCUCUGCCUGGCCUCCCUGCAGCCUUGGAGGGCCGGCCAGAGGAGGAGGAGGAGGACAGCGACGACAGCGACGAGUCGGACGAGGAGCUCCGCUGCUACAGCAUCCAGGAGCCCAGCGAGGAGAGUGAGGAGGAGGUGCCCGCCGUGCCCGUGGUGGUGGCCGAGAGCCAGAGCGCGCGCAACCUGCGCGGCCUGCUCAAGAUGCCCAGCCUGCUGUCGGAGGCCUUCUGCGAGGACCUGGACCGCAAGAAGAAGGCUGUGUCCUUCUUCGACGACGUCACCGUCUACCUCUUCGACCAGGAAAGCCCCACUCGGGAGCUCGGGGAGCCCUUCCCUGGCGCCAAGGAGUCGCCCCCCACGUUCCUGGCGGGCAGCCCGGUCUCCCCCAGCGCUCCGGGCCCGCAGCUGCAGGACGACCCGACCCGCGGAGGUGAGCUGGAGGGUGGGGGCGCGGGCCUCGUGACGUCACUGGGCGGGAGGGGCUCAUGACGCCACAGGGCGGGGCGGGGGUAGUGACGUCUAGG